UGGUCACACACGGCCGGAGCGGAGGCAGAGAGCCUCUCUCUUCGCGCUCCCCAGCCCGGGACAGGACGCGCAGACACAGCCCAAGCUGAAAUGAUGAAGAUGAUGACUUUCUUCCAGACAACUGUAGGUGACCAGGCAAACUCCUCUAUGCCUCUUCAAUACGAGUCUGAACUCAGCCCUCCUGGCAGAAAGCCCUCUGCAGUGUCAGAGACAGAGUCUGACACAACCUCCCUGGCCUCCUCCGAGGAUCUCUCUCCCCAUAAGGAUGGGGGCUCGACCCAAUACAAGGAAGAGGAGAAGAAGAAGAAAGAGAAGAAAGGAAUCCGAAAGGUGCUUGGCGUGUUAGCCAAAGGGAUGAGGAGGAAGAGUCAUUCAGGCCCCACAGCCGAAGUGCCGCCCGAGAUGGAGGUUAAGCCUGACAUCCCACCCCCUACAGUGGAGGAACUCUACUCAGCACUAGAACAGGGGCGGCUUGAGAUGGCUCCUCACCUCCUGACCCUGGAGCAGUCAUUGGUACAGGACACAACUGGGAUGACUGAGGAGGAUCUGGUCCGCCAGCAAAGCAAGGUGGAAGCCCUCUACACACUGCUGCGGUCAGCUGUGCUGCGUGUGGUUUGCCGGCCUCUGGAGAAUGAGUCUGGGCUGCUGCUCCAGGCCCUGAAUGUCAUCCUGGAGCAGGAGAAGGAGGACCAAAGAGUGGCAGCCGAGGCAAGGGGACCCUCGGUCCUGACACCCACCCGGCCCCGGCAUUGGCUCAAGCUGUGGCAACAAGGUGUGGCAGACUCUGUGGAAGAGCGGAUGACUCGGCCCCCUUCCGCCACCCUGGAUGGACCUAAGCCAGAAGGCAUGGAGGCCAGCUCGGAGGCUGCCCAGAGCUUCCUGCACAUGGGCAAGACAAUGAAGGAAGACCUUCUGGUCGUAGCCCAGCGCCUCCAGCCCCUCUACCCCGCUGAGUUCAAUGUAUUCCGCACCUAUGCCGAGUACUAUCAUAACUACUUCUCAGCCCAAUUCACCUCCAUGGUUCAGUUUGAGCUUAGUGAGCCAGACACUUACCUCCUGCUUCUCUGGGUGCAGAACCUCUACCCAAAUGAAAUCAUCAACAAUCCCAGACUACCAGGGGAGCUUCGAACAGCGGGCUUCGGGAAGCUCCUACCACCCGAAGAGAUCCGCAAGCUGGAAAUCACCUACAUAUCUAACGAGACAGCAAACGUCCUGGAGCUGAUGAUGCGGGGGCUGAAGCUAGAAGCGAAGAGAUGGUCUGAAGACAAGGAGCCCAUAAAUCUGGAAGGGCACUUCCACAGUGAGCUCCCAAUUGACAUCAUCCAGAUUAUCUCCGGGGCACAAAUCAAGGCAGAGAACAUCACAGCGGACUUAGCUAAACAAAUGAAACCCUUGCUGAUGGUUCAGCUCUCCUCCUUCCUGAAAAGCUACCAGCGAGCCUUUGCAGACUUCACAGAGAAAAGCAAACAGAAGCAUUACAGAGCCACCAUCAUGGCCAACAUCAACAACUGCCUGACUUUCAGGGACUACAUUGAGAAGGAUUCAAAGACUAUGGAGAAAAAGCUCAACAGCCACAUCUUCCACCCCCUGCAUGAAAUCGAGCAGAGUGGUUUCAACAUUCUUCUCCAAGACCUAUUCCUGGCACUAAAGCCGCUGUUCAAGAGGCUGACACAGACCCGCUGGGCUACCCAUGAGGAAACCGUGGCAGAAAUCAUUCAGAUUACCAGUAACUGUCUGCCAGAAUUCAAGGCUCUAAGAAAACGGUACCAAGAGGACAUCAUGGAAGCUAUCCACCUCUACCUGGUGAAGGAAUACAUCAUCCGGCUCAGCAAAAGGCAGCUAGUGCUGAAGACCGCUGACCUUCAGCAAAACCUGUCCCGGCAGAUCUCAAUGGACGCCAAGAACAUCCAAUGCUUCUGUGCCCAGAAUGGAUCUCCCGCAGCCUGGCUAGAACCAGCCCUCCGUAGCCUGGCAGAAAUCAUUCGUCUCCAGGAUACUAGUGCCAUCAAGAUUGAGGUGGCAACGUUUGCUGGAAGGUUCCCAGACUUCAGCAAAGGACAUUUGGGAGCCAUCCUGACCAUCAAAGGCAACCUGAGCAGCAGUGACAUCAAAAGCAUAAAAAGCAUCUUGGAUGUGGACACUUGGUUGACAGAUUCCUCCAAGUCCUUAUUUUCACUUAUAAAGGAUCCUCCUCGUUCCCAUGGAAUGGCCCACAGCAGGCUUGGCAUGGACCAGGGCUGGACCAAGACCUUCUUGAGCCUGACCCUGAUUCCCUCACGCCUGGGAGCAGCCUGCUGAGUGGGGCCAAAGGGCAGGAUUGGAAAUGGAAACCCUGGAGGUCCUAUGCUGGGGGACCAUAUCGGAGGAGCUCAUAGUGGAAAGGUUCAGCCUUUUCCCUCCGGACCUCUACCUGAACCUCUUGGAGACCACACAUUUGCUCUCUCUCCCUCCUCGAGGGAGCCUUCUAGAGCUGUGCCUUUUGGUACCUCUGCAGACACAAACAUGCACUCACUCCGACUGUAAUUAUCCCUUCUCUAUCCGUCCAGGAAGCCAGAAGAGUUGGCUCUGAGAAGUGUCUCUAGACCAGGGCUCUCAGGACUCCCUCUCGCUCUCCACUGAAAUCUCUUAGUGACCAGUAUUGCCUUGUUUGGAGCAUGGGCCCAGGGUCUGGGACUCCUCCCUAAUGUAAAGUGUGUAUAUUGUAGAGAACUUUUUAUCUGUAUGUCUUUGUAUCUGAGUUUUUAUAGUUUGAUAUUAAAAGUUCUACUGAACAAUCUCA